AGUGAAGCAGCAGUUAGACGCACACCUGUGGAGGAGGUGAGGCGAGAAGGCCUUGUAAUUGGAUUCAGACUAUUUGCUGAACACAGGGAUUUUUUUUUAUCAAGUUUCGGCGGCAGAAGCAAACCAGGUUGGUACUGAACAUUUUCUUUUUUUCAAUGAGUUAGAUUAAAGAGAUGUCAAAACUUUAAAUGUAAGAACUUUACUGGCCAGUGAAUCUGUGAAAACCGGUGUGCCGACGUGAAAGUGAGACUUGUGAAGCACCUCAUGUCACAGAGAGGUCCGUGGUUCCUGUCGGACUAGUUUUUCAUCAGUUGCGUCACCUGUUCCUCAUCAGCUCGUCUCCUUGGGGUGAUACCGGUGUGGAAAAAAAAAAGCUCAAUACAACCAGCUCUUUAUCUCGACGCCUUACAUAAGCUACUAAACGAACUGGUUUUAUAUCUAGAUGCUCUUUCAAGGGAAACUCAUCUUCUUUAAACUUUUUGGUUGUUUCUGAGCCAUUUCAGUCAUUAACAACUGAACAGAUUUGUUGUCCUCAGCCAGUUUUCCUCACUUCUCAGACUCUCCAUGUGUACAGAGAGAUUGGUAGCUCAACAAUAAUUGGGAAACUGUGGUUUGUCACAUUGCAGACAUUUUAAAAAUAGCACAGGUGUGCCAUGGGAGUAACGGCCUUUACAUCCAUGCCUCUGCCUAUAUCGUUAAUUGGCAAGUCGAGGCUUGUUAUGUCUUCUUUAGUGCGCAGGCUCACUGCCUCCUCUCACACUCUUAUUUCACCUGUUCCUCUUGUAGCCAGGCUGACACACCUUGAAAACCUGUCAUGUCGGGUUAUGUCUUUUGUAGAUUUAACAGACUUUUUUGAAGUAUUUUUUAAUCUUAGAAAUACACGAACAGCACAACUGGUCUGCAAACGCAAAUAAUUUCAUAGGAGUAUCAACAGUGCGAACAUAAGCUUGACUCUGGUUUGUUGGUGUGUGGAGAAUAGUUAUAAUUUGGCGCGUUUUCCAUAUUGCAGGCACGUUUCAUAAACCAGUAAAGCCAGCCAUUUUGAGAUUUGACUCAUGGAAUAGUAUAUGAAAACUAAUACCAACGCUGAUUUGGCCUUGCAUCAUCCAAAGCCUUAAAAUUACACAACAAAUACUUUUUGGAGUAGGUCUCUAAAGAGUUCUUUUUUUUUAAACAAUUUUUAGUCAAAUUUUUAAGAGUUCUCUGCCAAGUCUUUAACUUUUCUUAGAGGCAGAACUUUGGUUUGUUGUAAUGUUAGAGUUCUUUUUAAAGUCAUUAUUUUGUUCCUGGACAGCUAUAUUUUCCAGCCUGUUUUCUCUCUAUGUGAACAUGUUUCUUCUAUACAUUCAAACUCAAACAGUUGUCCUUUCUCUAGCGAUGGGAAGACACACUGACUGCUACUCAUUGUACUCCCCUCACACUCUUUGCUUUGUCCAUCUGCAGCUGAGGGAUUUGCCAAGAGCAGCAGAGUGGCCUUUUUCCUUUCCAUACAGUAUGACCCUUUCAACCAUGGCACUCGGCUGUUUAUAAGAAUGAUAAAUAACAGAUUAAAUAUGAAAGAAACUAAAAUUAUCUUUUAUGAGCAUUGGCCCAGUUCUUUUUUCCUGUAAGCAGCAUUUGUUGAAAAGAGGCUUGCUUCCUGUUUGUGAUGUAAGUGAGGGAACUGGCAGCCAUUAUUAUCCCCUGGACUUCCUUGGUGCAACGCAGUUUUUCCUCAAUCCAGAAAUACAGUUAUCUUUACUGAAUGUUAGGGGAGAAGGAAAGAAUGUUUACUGAAGUGUUUUUGUCUUCAAUCAUAAUCUGUGUUGAUGUGACUGUUUUUACCCUAAUCCAAACUGACUUCCUAACCUGUGUUUCAUUUCUUUUAACCUCAAGGUAAAGCCUGAGAAAAGUGAAAAUGGAGUUUUUUAAUAUAAAGUCAUCAGUCGGACUUGUUUAUGAUGAAUUCAUCCAAAAUGCAGGUGCGUCUUUAACACUGAAUAUCUUUUUUUAAACUGUCAAGAUGGCCCUUUUUGGUAUGUUUUUGGAUUUUGAAACUCUUUAUUUUGUUUUCUGCAGACUCCAGGACGGGGAACUGGUUCCUCAUGUCGUCUCCUCUCCCGCAAACGAUCAUCAUCGCGGCGUACAUUUACUUUGUCACAUCUCUAGGGCCUCGGAUAAUGGAGAACCGCAAAGCCUUUGACCUGAAAGGGAUUCUCAUUGUGUACAACUUUGGUGUGGUGGCUCUCUCGCUCUACAUGUGCUACGAGGUGAAUAUGAACUGCUUUAACACUUGACAUGUUGACGUGUUGUUUGUGCCAUUGCAGCUCUUUUGAUUUGGCACAACAAUACAUAUCGUACCUGCUCAUGGCUAAGUGAAUAGUAUUUCUUGCAUUGUUGAGUCCUUUUGUGAAGAACAGCCAAGACGCAUUCCGCUGGCAGUCUUGUGAAAUGUUUUUCACAGACGGACUUCUCAAAACUUGACUGUCAAUCUGACGGUAAACCAGCUCUGCAGGUGCUUUAAGCAUGUAUUGUGUUCUUGGAGCUAUUGCUUCAGACGUUUACAACUUCAACAUGACUUUAACUCUGUCAUGCAUUUGGACUGCAGACACGUCUUAGUUUCAGUGUAUCGUAUAUCCAAAGUGGUUGGAUUUUCAUCUUUUGGUUUUGAUUCUUUUAUUUCUUAAUACUUCAAAAUAAAAUGAACUUUGUUGAUCCCCAAAGGGAAUGAAAAAAUCCCUCCCAAGAUUAAUAUUUAAUGUGAGGAUCAACCAGAUAUGUGUAGAUGUACUAGCCAUAGCCUUGUAAACACCUGGACAAUCUAAUGCUUUUCAACAAAUCUGCUGUAAUUGUACUUUCAGGAAGCGACAGUGUUGACAUGAUCAGACAGGUGAUUAUUGCACUUUUUAUUGUGGUGGUGUUUUGCAGUGUUGUAAUGUUCCUUAUAUUUUGUCCUCCUUAUUAAUUAACUCAUGAGGUGUCAAAUAUUAGAAAACUUUUCAAUGUAAUACACACAAAGAAUUAUCACCUGUCUGAUCUUGUCAACUAAAACUGGAAAUGUUGAAGCUUAGAAAGAUUUUACGCUAGAGCUGUUGGAUUGGGUUGUAUUAGAUUGCCCCAGGUGUUCGUGUUAUGACUGGUUGACUAUACUGAGUUUCUCACACCAACUUUUCAGUGACGUAAAGGUUUAUCACCUCAGGGGUACAGUCAUGGUUUUUUCUUUUUUUCUGGACUGAGGUCUGAAGUAGUUUUAAAAUCGGUUACCAUGAUCUUAAAGUGAAUGUAACUCUGCUUCUCUGGUGACUGAGGGUACAGGAUUUUUUUUUUCCUGCUCCUGUGAUUAACAUCCCUUCGCUCUGUUCUCUGCAGUUUGUGAUGUCAGGAUGGGGAACAGGAUACAACUUUCACUGUGACUUGGUCGACUACUCCAAUUCGCCACAGGCCAUGAGGGUGAGUGACUCAUUUCCAUGUCAAGACGUCAUGCUGGUACAGAAGUUUAGAAUCUCGCUUCUUUUGUUUGAAUCUGAACAGAAAUAUUCUUUUAUCUCCUCUAGAUGGCAGCAACGUGCUGGCUUUACUACUUCUCCAAGUUCAUCGAGAUGUUAGACACAGUAAGUGAUGAGUUUCAAAACCUUUUUUCUUUAUACUACCCUGCACUUCAUUUUUUUUUUUUGUCUAUAUCAUCCCUUCUGUUAUAAUUGACUCACUUGCUUGUGUCUCUUUCCAGAUCUUCUUUGUGCUGAGGAAGAAGAACAGCCAGGUGACAUUUCUUCAUGUCUACCAUCACUCCAUCAUGCCCUUCACCUGGUGGUUUGGAGUUCGGUUUGCACCAGGUACAACUCCUUGUUUUCAAUGUUCAGGCUGUAAUUUCAAAACUGGUGAAGUUUCUUGUCAUUUUUUAACUUUUGUUUGUGAUUCUCUGAUUUCCAGGUGGUCUGGGAACCUUCCACGCUCUGCUCAACUGUGUUGUCCAUGUCAUCAUGUACUCAUACUAUGGCCUGACUGCCAUGGGCCCCAACUACCAGAAGUACCUUUGGUGGAAGAAAUACCUCACCACCAUCCAGCUGGUAUGUUGCUUAGUAGUACCUAAAGUACUUUUAUUAUAUCUCAUGGUCGUUUAAGUUGACCUCGUGGUAGAUCUGUGUUAAUCCUGCUCUUUGUUGCUCCCCAGAUCCAGUUCGUGAUGGUGACCAGCCAUAUCUCCCAGUAUUUCUUCCUGAAGGACUGCCCCUACCAGUUCCCCAUCUUUAUCUACAUCAUCGGGUCGUACGGCCUGAUUUUCCUGUUCCUCUUCCUCAACUUCUGGUACCACGCCUACACCAAGGGCAAGAGGCUGCCGAAAGUGCUGCAGGCUCAGACAUGGGCACACCACAGCAAUGGAGUUAUGAACGGAAAUGCCAAUCACGAUAAAGAUGAGUGACGCAGGAGCAGGUUCGUCGGGGGGGUUUCGGGGUUUACCUCGUUUACGUAAGAAAACCACAGCAGAGUCUAAGAUUCAACUCCGAUUUGUUUUGGACUGUAACUUUUGAUUGCAUUUCUACUUGGUUUUGCAAAAGACAAUCUUUAGAUUAUGACCAAAGCUAUAUUCAAAAGGGUUUACUGACCCAAGCUGAAGGGUUUUUAAUCUUUAUAUACACUGAAGGUAAAGCCUGUUACGGUUUGGCUAUGGAAGUUUCCAACUAUUCCUCUUUUUUACCUUGGUUAAAAAAAAAAGGUUUGUUUCAAAUGGACUCCUUUACUCGCUGGUUAAUUUGCUUCCCCUAAAGGACCCUUAGUUGUACAGUUAUACUGAGCCUCCUCAGAACGCUUCUAACACAGAAUUUUUUUACUUUUGUAACCUGAUAUGUCUCUCCGAAGAUAUCGAGAAAAUACGGUCGAGAUUUUUAAAAGAAAUGUGCACUGAAAAGUUAAUGAAUAUAUUUAAUUGGACCUCAAACUGAUAGUAAUGCAAGUACACAUGUUGUUCAGGUCAUUGUUUAACAUUUACAUACAUGCAGAACAGGCUGUUAGUUUUGAUCACACACGCAUGCCCACCUCUCUCUGGCUUGAGUCAUAGCUGCUGCUGAUGGUACAAUGAUUUGGUGCAAAGGGCUAUCAUCAUCAUCAUACCACAAACUUGACAUGAUUCUCCUAUGAAGCACUGGUGAGACUGUGAUUCCAGAGAGGAAGGCUAAUGGACCACUGUGCGUCUUGUAGGAUCCAGAACAGAGCUACAGUUUAACUACUCCCUUCUAAGGCAAAUAACACCAUCUUAACACAGAUAAGUGAGUCCAUCAGGACUCGCAUAUCUGCUUCUCAGUAUUUAGUGUUGUGUGUUGAAGCUCUGUGGCUAACAGAGGAUUCAGACUUUGCUGGAGUCAGGCAGUGCCUUUUUGGACUGAGGUCUGAAGUAGUUUUAAAUCUGUUACCAUGAUCUUAAAAGUGAAUGUAACACUCUGCUUCUCUGGUGACUGAGGGUACAGGAUCAAUCUUGGCACGACUUUGGUACAAACUCAUGUUAACACUAAAGAUAAACAGAUGCAGUGUAACCAAACGGGGUGAACUUUUUUUCAGUUCCUUGUCAAAUCCCUUAUAAUAAUACUGUAAUACUAUGUGAAAUGAAAUGUUUAUAUUGUAUUUUAUAUGUAUUUAUACAAAAUAAAUGAUCAUGUACUUUGAAAA